UCAGUGCGAACAUUUCGAAAUGCUUCGAACAAGUGAUUUACUUGGGCACCAUAUAUCCGUUUUCAAUUUUUUCGGAGUUUGGCGAUCCAAGGAUAAAGUGAAAGACCUUCAAUUCUCCAUUCGAUCAUUUAUCUUUAUCUAUUGCAUUGGUCCGUUGAUAGUAGCGUCGAUAUUUGCGGCAGGUCUUCAUCAAACUGACUUUACCGAUACCAUUAUAAGUCCUCUGUACACCGCCAACAUAAUUCUCAUAUUUCUCAAAAUACUAAACGUUUACAUUAAAACCCAAAAGAUUGAAGACUUCCUUGACCAAAUGGACAAAGUUCCAUUUUUUCCGGAAGCUGGAGAAAAGGACACGAAACAUUCAACCGUUCAAAAAGUUCGGUUUCUACCAAUAAUACUUGCCGUUUUAUUCAUAUCCGUCUCUUUGGUGGUAUUAUUCGCCCCCGUCGUUCUGGGAAAAAUGACCACAGCUCGAUCCAUCCCGACGUGGUAUCCUUUUGAAUGGGAGGGAAAGUUUGGCUUGUGUUUCGUCCUAUUCAUAUUCGAGUUUGUCGUUGCAGUCACUUUUGCCACCCUGGUCGUAACUACGGAUACUUUCCUGGCAUGUGUACUUUUAAUUAUUGGUGGACAAUUUGAAUCCCUUGGGUAUCGGUUUAAAGACUUACCAAAAAAUAAUGCCACAAUAUGGCGGACAAAAUUCAAGACAUAUAUUCAGGACUACAACUCCAUAUGCAAGCUGUGCAAGGAGUUCGAGGAUAUAUUUUCAGGAAUAAUCUUGAUCCAGGCGUUGUGCAGCUGCUUAUUAAUUUGUCUGAGUGCGUUUGGCCUGGGAUUGGCACACGAUAUCGAAACAUUCCUACGUUUUCUUACGUUCCUGCUGUGCAUGCUAUAUGAAGUGUUUCUAACCUGCUAUGCAGGAGACUAUGUUGCAGAUAAGUCCAAAAAAUUGCUGUUCGAUUUAUAUUCAUCGUCCUGGCCUGAUAUUCCCCAAGAUUGCCGCAAAAUGUUAUUGAUAUUUAGUAUGAAAUUGAAUAAUCCAAUUAUCAUCAAAUUUGGGAUCAUACAGAAUCUACACCUGCGGACUUUCACAAAAGUCGUUGAUGGCGCCUAUAAACUCUAUGCAUUGCUCCAACAAGUUCCCGAAUGAAGGAAGCUAACGAAGUGUUUCAACAAAAAAUGACACUGAUCAAUUUAGUUUCGCACCAAUUUUUAAUGUUCUACUAGAGUUUGCACUAACUUGACUGUUGUA